GCCGUUCGGUGGUGGUGUUUGGGUGAUGCGAUUCGCAACGAGUCACCGAGAUGUUGCUCGUGGUCGCGAAUGUGCCAGCAGUGCUGCUUCUUGGUUGUUUCGCCAGUUUUGGCCAUGGCCGGCACGUCCGCAACAUAGAGUCGAACAGGAUAUCAGUUCUAGGGGGCGACUUUAAUCAUGAUCCAACUUUUCCGAGAUUCGCAGAGCCCAUCCCCAACGUCACAGUGACGGUGGGUCGUGACGCCCUCUUGGCAUGUGUGGUGGAUAACUUGAACGGUUUUAAGGUGGCCUGGGUGCGGGUCGAUACCCAGACUAUCCUAUCAAUCCACCACAAUGUGAUCACGCAGAACCCCCGUAUCUCCUUGUCGUACAACGACCACCGCUCCUGGUACUUGCACAUCAAGAACGUGCAGGAGGUGGACAGAGGCUGGUACAUGUGCCAGGUCAACACGGACCCCAUGAGGUCACGGCAGGGGUACCUGCAAGUCGUGGUCCCUCCGAGCAUUAUAGACCGAGAGACGAGCUCCGACAUGGUCGUCUUGGAAUCGACGAACGUGAGCCUGACCUGCAAAGCUACGGGCUACCCCGAGCCUUACGUCAUGUGGCGCAGAGAAGACGGGGAAGACAUCCGAUACAACGGGGAGAACGUGAACGUCGUUGACGGGGAGGUCCUUUUCAUUACGAAAGUCAGCAGGCUCCACAUGGCCGUGUACCUCUGCAUCGCCUCGAACGGCGUCCCGCCAUCUAUCAGCAAGCGAGUCCAGCUGAAAGUUCAGUUUCCCCCAAUGCUAUCGAUCCCCAAUCAACUAGAGGGCGCCUACAUCGGCCAGGACGUCACCCUGGAGUGUAGAACAGAGGCUUUCCCCACCUCCAUCAACUACUGGACCACCGAGAGAGGCGACAUGAUUAUCUCAGGUAGCGAUAAAUACGAAGCCGUUUCGAUGGACAACGGCUACAAGAAGUACAUGAUGUUGAAGAUACGGCGAGUAAACAAGUCCGACUUCGGCUCCUACAAAUGUGUGGCCAAAAACUCGUUAGGUGAAACGGACGGUGUAAUCAAAUUGGAAGAAAUUCCUGCGCCCACUACAGUCAAACCCACCGUUCACCUAGCAGUGACGCCGGCAUUGAAGAAAGGUGUACCAGGAGGAAGAGAUAGAAUGGAAAAGGGAGGUUCCAAUGACAACAGGGUUGGAAAAGGAAGGAAUAUUGACGAAUCCAAAAUAUCAGAAUAUGAUUACGACGGCGAGUACACGCUGCCUUCCAACGGCCCUCCGCCCAUCCAGGAGCCCCCGGGCGCUUUCAGCGGAGCGCCCGGCCCCGCCAGCUGCCAUCGGACCGUCACCAUCGUCGCCGCCGCGGCGCUCAUUCUUCUCGCUAGCCCGAGGUGAUCCUCGAAAUCGAAUUAGAGCUUCUCCCAGUAUGGAAUAAAAGCGGACGCACGGACGGGUGAGUCGGCUGAAGUUUCGGGGAUUGGCAGUUUUUUCGAAAGUUGCGAGAUUUAAGAAUUGCAACUUUUCUGACAAAAAUAGCUGAUAUGAAAAGACCUAGUCCAGUCUACAAAAUUAUAAA